AUGGAAGACUUGGCGGAGGACAAUCGCAACAAAGCAACACAUUGUUCAACUGAGAAACUACCCAAGACAGAAAUCUUAACACCGCCCCUCGAGGAAAACAAUAGCAAAGACUCUGCAAAAAAACUUUCAGCGAUCACUGUUGAUACUACUUGUGACACUAAUAUUUAUGAAAAGCAAGCCAGGGUUUCUGAUCCAGAGCAGGCUUCUGGUUUGCCUUUAGACUCGUCCCAAGAAGAUAACACCGCCACUAACCACGAUGAUCUUUACUUGUCUCGCUUACGCAAGCACCUGAAGCACAAGAGACAAACAAGAACCACCCUUGCUUCUGUCUCGGUGAAAAAUGACUGUGGCAUGCCCACGUUUGCGCCAGCUUAUACAUGCCAAUUUGAUACUGAGACAACAGAAGAAAAUGAAGGGUGGCAAGUGCAAAGAAAAAGACGUCUGAGGGGAUCUCGCCUGCUUGUGAACCAUGGCUUGCAUUCCAGCAGGGCGACAUCCUCGACUUUAGGACCUGUUGAAAAGGUCUCUCUCCUUGAUAGCUAUGGCGGAAUGGAGCCCAUACCUGAGAAUAUUGUCAUCUUGUACAAGAGAAAAAGAACAGAUGGUCUUUGA